AUGGAUGAUAGAGUUGAAUUGAAGAUUUAUUAUUACGGACAGAUCUUAUUGCAAACAUAUGAGGGAGUUCAAUUUGUGUGUGAAAAUCCAUUAGAUGUUGUUAUUCCGUUCACAUUGUCAUUUGAGGAAUUGAAAGGUGUGAUUUGUGAGAAGAUAGAUUCUCAAAGAUGUAGGAGAGUAUCGUGUAUUUUGUACAGGUAUCCUUUACCUGUGUUUGGUGGGUUUAUUCAAUUUCAGACCAAGUAUGUGAUGGACGAAGCGAGUAUGCAUGAAAUGUUUUCAAUGUACAUGGAAAAUCGCCACCGAAUGUCGUGCAUCGAGUUAUAUAUUGAGUUUGAGCAAUCUGAAGCGGACCGUAACAUUGAAUUGGAAGAUUAUAAUAGUGAAAGCGAAAAUGAAUUUGAAAGUAACUAUGAGAUCGUCAGUCCAGGUGAAGACGAAGAUGAAGCUGGCAGCGCCAUGAACGUAGAUGUGGCGGAAGUUGCAAAUGCACUAGCAAACCCGCAUCCGUUUCAGGAGCCUUCUUUCAUGCGGUCAUUGGAUUUGGAGGCUAUGCACGCACCGGAGUUUCCGCAAUAUAUGAAUGCGGUGCUUGUUGUUUACGUAGAUGGAAUAGCGAAAAAUAAGACUAUAACGAUCUUACAUACCCCUCCUGUUGUGGCGGAUGGUGAGUUCACAGUGGGGAUGGAAUUCAGUUCAAGGGAGGCAGUAAUCAAGGCAAUGAAAGAUUAUACCAUCCGGAGAGGUGUGGACUAUCGGGGUAACCAAAAUGCAGAAGAAGUACUGUUGGGAGAUAAGGAGGUACAAUGGAAGUCAUACUUGUACCAGGUCUACUAUUUCUCAAGACCAUUCGAAGCUGGAUUCCAAGACAGUGCAGAAGCAAUAAAGCCGUUGGUAGAGGUUGACCCGUCUAUAAAGGUGAAAUCAGUAAUUGCUGAUGUCCAGUCAAAGUUUAACUACACCAUCAGUUAUCGCAAGGCUUGGUUAGCAAAGCAGCAGGCGGUCGAAUCAAUUUUCGGAAGUUGGGAAGCAUCGUAUGAAGCUUUGCCCAUAUGGUUUGAGGCCAUGUGCCACAAAGAGCCAUCAGCAGUGGUUCACUUUGAAACAAUGCCUACUUACCAGGGAGAUGAUUUGGUUCCUGAUAUACGUGUUCUACAUAGAGUCUUCUGGAGUUAUUACCCCUGUAUAAGGGCCUUUAGACACUGCAAGCCAGUGGUGCAGGUGGACGGGACUCAUUUGUAUGAAAAAUACAAGGGUUGUUUAUUGGUUGCAGUCUCACAAGAUGGUAAUAACAACAUAGUGCCUAUUGCAUUUACCAUAGUGGAGGGAGAGACUUCUGAUGCAUGGUACUUUUUUCUGAGCAACCUGCAUCAACAUGUGGUGACACGUGAUGGUGUCGGACUUAUCUCUGAUCGACACGAUUCGAUUAGGUUAGCUAUUGAACGAAGUAAUAGGGCGUGGUCUCCUCCUAGAGCUUUCCAUAUGUUUUGUAUCCGGCAUAUUGAGUCCAACUUCUUGAGGAAGUUCAAGGCACCUUACUUGCAAAAGCUUAUCGUCAACAUUGGAUACUCGAGGACGACCAGGGAGUACCAGAUGCGCUAUGAACGAUUAAAGGAACGGGGUGAGGCUUACACCAACUGGCUUGAUCGGAUCCCUCGUGAGCAGUAUGCUUUGGCAUUUGAUGGUGGUUACCGAUGGGGUCAACAUUGCUGA